AUGGCCGACGCGAAGGAAUUUGAGACUGUCAACGCAGGCCCACCUGCGUACAACGAGAAAAUCGAGGACUCAACCACAAAGCACGAUGAGAUCGCUGAGGACACUGGUCGCCGCCAGUCGGUCGCCCUCAACAUUGUCGAGAAUCCACUGAAGCGUAAAUCACACGAACAGACUGUCGCUGAAGCCAAGGAGUGGGCUGAGGCGCACGGCAUGCAAGAGCAUGCGUCUCUGUUUGGCAGAGCUGCCUUGGUUGCACGCGAUCCAGACCGAUUCGAGCGCCUGGGCGAGCUGGAGGCCGAGGAACGCGAUGCUCUGAUCUAUGAGCGCGAUCACAAAUGGCACGGCUCCAAGAUGCUGUGGUACUCAAUCUCACUUUGCGCUGUUGGAGCUGCUACCCAAGGAUGGGAUCAGACCGGUUCGAAUGGUGCAAACUUGUCUUUCCCUGAAGAAUUUGGCAUCGACAAAGGCGCGAAGAACGAGUGGAUUGUUGGACUCAUCAACGCCAUCAUCUUCCUGACUGCCGGUCUUAUUGGUGCCUUUAUCGUCGAUCCGCUCAACCACUAUUUUGGACGACGAGGCGAGAUCUUCAUCACUGCGUGCUGUCUUACCGCCACACCCAUUGGUUCUGCAUUCGCAAAGUCAUGGCAAGGACUCUUCGCCGCGCGCUUUGUCAUGGGCAUCGGUAUCGGUGCGAAGAACGCUACAGUCCCCAUUUAUAGCGCCGAGAUGGCACCAGCCCGCAUUCGCGGCGCUCUUGUCAUGUUUUGGCAAUUGUGGGUUGUGGCGGGUAUCUUCCUCGGUUUCUGUGCCAAUGUCAUCGUCAAAGACACAGGUGAUAUUUCUUGGCGUCUGCAGCUCGGUUCAGCUUUCAUUCCAUCGUUGAUCCUUGGUAUUGGUAUCUUCUUCUGCCCAGAGUCACCCAGAUGGCUCAUGAAGCACGGCAAACACGCUCAAGGAUUCAAGUCAAUGAUCAAGCUGCGCGCGCAUAACAUCAUUGCCGCGAGAGACUUCUACUACUCCAACGUCAUCUACGCUGAAGAGCUACGAGUGGCGGGCGAUUCAAAUUACUUCACUCGUCUCCGUGAUUGCUUUACGGUCCCGAGAAUUCGUCGCGCCAACUACGGUGCCUCUACAGUCAUGCUGGCUCAGCAGAUGUGCGGUAUCAACAUCAUCUCUUUCUACUCGUCGACCAUUUUCCGAAACGUCGGCUACACCCCAACACAAGCUCUCUAUGCCUCUCUCGGCUACGGUGCUAUCCAGGUCGUGUUCACGAUCCCCACACUCUUCCUCAUCGACACUAAGGGUCGCCGUACAUUGACGCUCAUCACAUUCCCACUGAUGUGUGUUUUCCUCCUCGCGGCUGGUUUGUCUCUGUUGAAGAAAGACGGUAGCCGUGGCGAGCAAAUCGGCCCUGUCGUGUUGUUCGUCUACCUGUUCACCAUCAUGUACUCGCUCGGCGAAGGCCCAGUCGCAUUCCAGUACAGCGCCGAAGUCUUCCCUACGAUCCACCGUGAGCAGGGCAUGGCGUGGGCUGUCUGUAUCAACAACACCUUCGCCGGCAUUCUCAGUUUGACAUUCCCGCGUAUGCAAACUGUCAUGACGCCAACAGGUGCCUUUGGAUUCUACGCUGGACUGAAUCUGAUUGCGUGGUUCAUGGUCUUCUGCUUCGUGCGAGAGACCAAACAGCUGACGCUCGAAGAGAUCGACCAGGUUUUUUCGGUCCCUACCAAGCAGUUCCUUGGUUACGAGAUCAAGGUCUGGCUGCCGUACUUCAUCAAACGCCAUAUUCUCCGCAAGAAGAUCGUCAAGCCGCCGCCAAUCAUCGAAAAGGGAGAGCGUACUGACUCUAUCCCUACGGCUUAG